AUGCAAAUCGACAAGCUGGCCGCGUAUCACAGAAUUCCUGAGACCCUGGCAAGAGAAGCUCAUAGAAGAGGCACGAGACCACUUUUCUCGAAUAUCAGGCUCGAGUAUGUUGAUCCAUACCGACCAGUACAGAGUUCUAUAUCACUUUCGGGCAAGAAGGUUCACUGUCACGUACACGCAGAAGUGCAGAUGGUCAUUCAUUACAUUGUCCAACCUGCGCUAACCACGCCCCGAAUCAUCGGCACAAGCAAGGCAGCGUGUUUUCUGUGCCAUCUCUUCAUUACCGAGCACAAGAUUUUCAGCGUUUCAGCAUGGCAUGGGCGGUUGUAUGAUCAGUGGACUAUUCCAGACCUCAAAGAGUAUAGUUCCUCCGAUAUCACCGCGUUGAGAGCAACCGUUCAAGGAAUGCACCAUAAAUUCGCUCAACUACGCGCCAAGAGACAUCCAUGGCGUCCAUUCCCUCUGACUAGCAGACACAAUCUUCAGCAUCUUCCUAUCUUCUCGCCCACGCCAACAGUUCCCAGCGUGAGCAGGCCCGCUUCCACAGUCGCAGAGGCAGACGAGCCUCGGGACAUCAGCAUUCCUUGCUUGCACGCAUCCGGAACCCCUGCUUCACCAGGUGUUCAUGAACCAGACGUCAGCGAAGGGCCGUCCGUUGCGGACGGUCCUCCAACACUGAAUCAGUCGAAUCGUACGCUAGAUUCAGAAGUGGUUGUCGAAAGCAACAAAGUCAGGACUCCGGUACUCGAAAACCACGGUCUGGACGAUGGACACCAGAUGAGUGGGUCCAGUGCAUCAAUUUCCUCCGGACGGAUCUUACACCUCCGUCCUGGCAAACCUCGAGUUGUUCAGUUUCCACAUGUUAAUAUUCAUGCGGAGAUCGAGCCACCUUCCAUGGGAAUGUUAACACUAAGGGAAGGCAGCGAAGGAGAUAUAUCUUCUGCCGGUCGGGUGGUCAACCUGGAAGACCUCACAGAAGGGUAUGAACCCAGCUUCGAAAGAAGAGAUUCCGAGUCUUCCAUUGUGGUGCAGUUCCAGAAAGGAGGUAUUGGUAUCUGCUAUGUGGUGCUGGAGUGGACUUAG